AUGGUAUUCGAUGAGGAGCCGCCUAACCAAAAGAAAUGGACGCAGCAAGCCACCACAUCAGCAUUCGGUCUGAUGGAAUCCCUUCGUGGCCAGGGAUCAAGUUUGGCGAAAAAUUUAAAGAAUUUCGGAAAAUCUCUAGUCAAAGAGAAUAAAUCUCAAGGUGCAACUACUCCACCAGAACACCGCGACGAUGACAUCCGUCUCACAUGGCUCACAAACCGUCUGGUGCUUGCCGAUACGUUGCACAACUCGAAAGACGGACUGCUCAAAGCAGAAACUGCGGUUGUUCGAGAAAUGAUUGACUGUCAGCCGUAUGUGGUGGUUAAUGUGCAUUCUGAACCGCUCAAACUCGAUGGAUACGCCAAAUCAGUUCAUGUUCCGUUGGGAAGUGGUGCGAAAGGUGGUCUACCAAAGUAUCCGACAAUUCAAGCACUUAUUCCAAUUCUCAACGAGUAUUGUCUGCUGACAAAUGAUGCUGCAAUUGUGAUUUUCGGAAGCGAUGAAAAUGUCCAAAUCACCGCCGCAUUCUGUCUCGUCGCCUCCCGCUCCCUCUCAAGAGUCUCCGAUUUUCUCCGUGAUUCUUUACCAAAUCGAUUCGAACGUCUCCCAAACACAUAUCACUUGUUUUUGGAACAAACUAAACAUAUCUGUAAAUUACACUCAAGGCAGAAGAAUCUCCAAACCGGUGCGCUCGUAUCUCAAAUAGUUCUGGAACCGGGAACCCUUCUCAUUGACGGGGAUCUAUACGUUGCAAUUCAACAAGGUGUAAAUCAACUAAAAGUUCUGGAAUUCUCGGCGAACUCGUGUAGAAAUCGUCAAGGACAACUUGUUUUCGAUAUGGACGGAACUGAAACCGUCGAUGAUGUCGUCAUUUUCGUCGGGAAGAAAUCCGACGUGAAGCAUCCAAUUCUCUCCGCCAAAUUCAACACACAACUUUUGGAGUCAGAAGACACGUCGCUGGUGUUGACGCCUUCUGAAAUGGACGUGUCGAAGAUGGUCGCCUCGGCGAUGCCUAUCCAGGAUUUGAGAAUGAUUGUCAACUUUGCCACUCGCCGAAUGCCAACACUCAACACAUUUCAAUUCGAUCGCUACAAGUUGCUUUGUGUCAGAAAUGAGCGGGAAUUAGAUGGCUACCAACGAUCGUAUGGUGACGUGGAUUCUGAAGACGAGUCGCCAAUUCUGAGAAGUGCGCGGUCGAAGAGUGGGACCCAGAAGUCUGAUGCCUCAUCGUCACAAAGCAACUUCUUCGAUUCUCUUCAAUACGCAGAUAACAAUGAGCCUUCGCAUUUCAGAGAGCAGAGAGAGUCAACGCUGUUGGACACCCAUGAAGACACCACUCAGCACACCGCUGAUCUUCUCGAUGGAUUCCAUUUGGGCGGGCAGGAAGAGCUCUCUCCAGCCAACGAGACUCCGAUUCUAUCGGCUCCGACUCCUGCAAGCUCUGAUUAUGACUCGAUGACGAGUUCUCGGAAUCAGAAGAAUCCAUCGCCCGCUCCUGCUAUCGAUGAUUUGUUGGGAUUAGGAUCUGUGACUGCUGAGGCACCACCUCCCGCCGCCGCUCCAUCUACACAAAGUUCCAGUAAUGCAAAUCUAGUGGACUUUGAUUUCGGCGCACCGAUUAAACCGACGAGUUCUGGAAGCAAUUUGAGUAGUACGGCGAGUCCAGCCACAUCGUCAUGGUCGAAUUCUGAUUUGCUUGGUGGAUUCUCUUCCCCGUUGAAACCACAAACGACGGCGACUCCACCGAAUACAAGGAAUCCGUCGGCAGCAAACUCAAAACCAGUGUCCCAAGUGAACUCGCAAGCCGAUUUCGAGGCAUUCCUCUCGAAUUAUCCCGAAAAGCAGCAGGCUCCGCCCACGUCUCAACCUCCACCGUACACACAAAAUGCGCCAAAGACACAACAGACGAGGCCAGCACAACCUUCGUAUAAGCCUGCAUUCGGUGGAGAUCCGGCUGGAAAAGCAAAGGGCUUCAAACCAACGCAGCGUGACAAUCAGAAGCAGAGCAUCGGAACAAUGCUCAAACAGGAGCAGUCGAAGAAUUUGACGCCUGAAGAGAUACAGAUCCGCGAUUGGACCCAAGGAAAAGAGCGAAACAUCCGUGCUCUUCUCGGAUCACUUCAUAAUGUUCUCUGGGAAGGAUCCGAUCGUUGGAAUCAACCGUCGAUGGGUGAUUUGUUGACGCCGGAUCAGAUCAAAAAGCAAUACCGAAAAGCGAUCCUCGUCGUCCAUCCCGACAAGUUGACCGGUUCACCGCAUUUGCUACUCGCUAAAAUGGUAUUCUCUGAGCUCAGCGAGGCCUACAGCAAAUAUCAGAAUGAUCCGUCGGCUUUAUAA